AUGUACAUCCUCCCUGUCCUAGGCUACCUCGGCCUUAUCCUCGGCUUCUGCUUCCUCACCCUCUCCAUAGCAUCGGGCCUCUACUACCUCUCCGAGCUCGUCGAGGAGCAUUCCGUCCUCUCCGCGCGCCUCCUGCGCAGUCUCAUCUACAUCAUCAUCGGCGUACAGACUCUCCUCUGGCUCGUGGAUGGGUUCCCCUUCCCCCUGACAGCCCUGGGCAUCGCAUCGCAUGCCGUCUAUGCGAGCAACCUGCGACAUUUCCCCAUCGUCAAACUACGGGAUCCGCUGUUCAUUCUCAGCUGUGUGUUGGUGCUGAUCAAUCAUUGGGUGUGGUUUCAGCAUUUUUCGCAACCGGCGCCAUAUAGGAAUCGUGGGAGCAACCUGGGGAAUCGAUUUCGGGAUCGAUACCAGACUGCGGUGCCGCAGCCAAGCUUUACGGAGAUCGCAUCGUAUUUCGGAUUGUGUGUAUGGCUGGUCCCAUUUGCCUUGUUUGUGAGCUUGAGCGCAGGAGAGAAUGUGCUACCGAGCAUGGGUUCGGAGUAUGCUACAGGCGAGAGAAAUGGGACCGUGGGACAGAGAAGAAAGCGAAGGAACACUGGAAUGGCUAAAGCUGCCGUGGAUGGGGUGAGAGAGUGGGUGGGUGAAACAGGGGCUGUUAUGGGACUCUGGCAUGGAGAAAAUGUAAGAAGAUUUCAGUGA